GUAACCCGUCAAAAGUGCUAAAAUAUACUGUUAAAAGUUGGAAAAAAGGAAGAAAAACAAAAAAAAAAAACUGACAAAGGAUAGAAACGUGAAACCUAAACGGUUGAGCAGACAAGCGGACCACAAGUGUUAGUGAUACCUUCCCCCUAUUAUAGACUGUCCAAACCAAAACCACCACACAAUAUUCCUUCCGGGGACAGAGAACGAAUAUCGAUUUCAGUGUCUGCUACUUUAGAGAGUGUCGAGUACAUAAAGGUGUUGUACUAAGCCUAAGCAUACCAAUUUGCCAAAGUGACAGAGAAGUAUUGCGAUACACGCACUUUGACUACGGGCCUAGAAAGGUUGUGUGUGGGGAGGAAAACUAACCUAUUCGGCACACACCACAAAACGUCACAACCCUAUUUAUCCGGAGGAGGAAAGUUACAUCACGAGCGAGAGAACGCCGCCUUUCCGGAAGAACAAUGCUGUGUGAUCAGUGCCAAUUAAGGUUAUGAGAGUUCAGAAGUCAAUCAAAACUGACGCACUGCUAAGGCAGUAGUAGGCUGUGAAAGUGUGUGCGUGACGGAACACAAAACAGAACAAUCACAGCAGGCCGCACGAUGAGCCAGCUCGUCGGAUCGCCGCUGACCAGUGCUUCGGCAACCGUUGUCGUGCCAACAGCAGCUUCCGGAGGCGGGGGAUCCACAGCUUCGGCGUUUAGCUGUUGUCCCGGAAACGGAGAAAGUUCGUCGAUUGGGGAGGAUUCGAUCGAGAUGAGUGACAGCCAGGGGAACAAUAAUACCAUGUACCACAACGGGUACCUGGAGGCGACGCAGGACUACCACUUCCCAAAGCGACCCCCGGUGGACAUUGCGUUCCGGGAUGUUCGGUACACGGUGAAGCGGUUCAACCUGGCCAAGGCGAAGUUUGAAAGCAAAGAAAUUCUCCACGGCCUCAACGGUUCCUUCAAUUCGGGCGAGCUGACAGCAAUCAUGGGCCCGUCGGGCUCGGGAAAAAGCACAUUGCUCAACAUUCUGGCCGAUUACGUCUCCGCCGGCGUAACCGGUCUGGUCCAGGUGAACGGCAAGAGCCGGGGUCAAAAUUCGCAAAGCUUCAAGAAGUUGUCCUGCUACAUCCAGCAGCACGACGCCCUGCGUCCCUUCCUAACGGUAAACGAAGCGAUGAGUUGUGCAACCCACCUCAAGCUGGGCUUCAGCAUCACGCGCGAGGAGAAGCAAAAACUCAUCCAGAAAAUCCUGUUUAUGCUGGGACUGGAGCAAAAGGGCAACACCCCGACGGGGGGACUGUCCGGUGGCCAGAAGAAGCGCCUCUCGAUCGCCCUGGAGAUGAUCUCGAACCCGCCGAUUCUGUUUCUGGAUGAGCCGACUACGGGUUUGGAUAGUUCUUCGUGUACGCAGUGUAUUUCGUUGCUGAAGCGGCUGGCCCAGGAGGGAAGGACGAUCGUUUGUACGAUUCACACGCCGUCGGCGCUGUUGUUCGAGAUGUUUGAUCGGUUGUAUACGAUCACGUCGGGGCACUGCUUCUACCAGGGGCCGGUGCGGGAGUUGGUGCCGUUUUUGGGCAGUUUGGGGUACAAUUGUCCCAGCUAUCACAAUCCCGCGGAUUUCAUGAUGGAGAUCGCAGUCGGUGAGUACGGCGCCGACGUCGGCAAGGUGAUCAAGGCGGCCCUCAAGAAGUACUACGAAAUGAGCAGCGAAUGCAUCAAGCUGGAUCCCAUCUUUGACGAUAAUGUGAAAAUCACGGAAUACAACGCGGAAAAGGCCUCCGCCAAGGAGCUGGAACUGCUCCAGCUCAAGGACACCCCCGGCGGAGACAAGCUGAACUUGGAUCUAGACGGCGUAGGCAAGGCCGGCGAUGCCCUCUGUCCGGAGAUCCACGACACGACCCGGCCGGCGUCGCUCGUGAUGCAGUUCCUGCUGUUGCUGUACCGGAGCUUGCUGCAGCUGCGGAGGAAUUAUUUCCUGCUAUUUGUUCGCCUAUUUGCCCACGCUUCGGUGGCAACCCUGUUCGGUUACAUCUACCAGGGGGUUGGCCCCAACGCGAACCAGGUCCUGGCCAACUACGUUUACCUGUACGGUUCAAUGCUGAUGAUGGUCUACACCGGGAAAAUGGCCGUCGUACUGUCAUUCCAACUUGAAAUGGAAUCGCUAACGCGGGAACACUUCAACCGGUGGUACAAGCUGGGCCCCUACUUUCUUUCCGUGCUGGUCAUCGAAAUCCCCGUCCAGAUUGCCUGCUCGCUGAUCUACGUCGUGAUCAGUUACCACCUGACCGGGAACUACCACACGAUGGAGCGGUUCCUGCUGUUUGCCCUGUUCUGCCUUGCGGGUUCGAUUUCGGCCCAAGCGUGGGGCUUCUUCGUCGGGGCAACGCUGUCCGUUAAGCUCGCCGUCUUCGUCGGUCCCAUCCUGGCGGUACUGUUCUCCGUUUUUGGCUUCUGCACUCGCUACUCGGACAUAACGCCCAUCUUCAAGUGGAUGUGGCACAUCAGCUACUUCCGGGCGGCGUUCCACGGCAUCCUGAACUCCGCGUACGGAAUGAACCGCGAGGAUCUGAACUGUCCGGAGACGACCAUUUACUGUCACUUUAAGAACCCGGUGCUGUUCCAGAAGGACAUGGACAUUGAGCACGUGGAUAUGGAGCAGAAUCUGGUGCUGAUCGGGUCGAUUAUCAUUACGAUGUACAUUGGGACGGUGUUUGUGCUGUGGUACAAGCUGAACAAGCGGUGGGCACAAAGUUCGUUCCGCAAGGUUGACGACUGUGCAGCGGUGCAAGCAGUCUCUGUUUCAAGAAGUGAAAGUUCGUCGUCCGAAGUCCGACGACGGUCGACGAAAAUGGCAGAAUCGUACGAGAUGAGUAACGGAGGUGGAGGUGGAGGAGGUAGUGUCAUGUUAGAAAUGCACGAACAGCUUGAAGAAGAACCUGCUUCGCAGAAGCAGCAAGGAGUAGGGAAGUUGGUGCAGAAGCGGCCACAUACGCUUGGGUUGGAACCGCUGAAGAUGCCGGUGUAUCCGCCAGGGUAUGAACAUAGUCCGAGUUUGGGAGGAGCGUCGACGGCGUCGUCGCUGGCGGCGGCCAGAUUGAUCAAGCCGGUCACGAUCGGAUUUAAGAAUCUGUCGUAUUCGGUGCGGACGGGGAUUUUCAGGAAAGGCCGUGACAUCUUGCGGAAUAUCAACGGCGAGUUCCGAGCUGGCGAGCUGACGGCCAUCAUGGGACCUUCUGGGGCCGGGAAGAGUACGCUGCUGGACAUAUUAGCUGGGUACACCGAUAGCGAGUUCACCGGCGAGAUUCUGAUCAACAAGCAGCAGCGCGAGCUGAAGCGGUUCCGGCGCCAGUCCGCGUACAUCAUGCAGGACCACGACCUGCAGCCGCACCUGACCGUCCUGGAGGCCAUGCACUUUUCGGCCAAUCUCAAAAUCGGCGCCGAGCUGAGCCCCGCCAGCAAGAAGAUUAGGAUGAACGAAAUCCUGUGCGCAAUUGGGCUGCAGGAGCACAAAAAGACGCGGACCUCCAAGCUGUCCGGUGGGCAGAAGAAGCGCCUCGCGAUCGCCCUGGAGAUCGUCAACAACCCGCCGGUGAUGUUCUUCGACGAACCGACCAGCGGCCUGGACAACUCCACGUCGAAAAAGUGCGUCGAACUGCUGAAGCAGCUGGCCCGCGAGGGUCGGACGAUCAUCUGUACGAUCCACCAGCCGUCGGCGUUGCUGCUGAACAUGUUCGACCAUCUGUUUACGGUGGCCGAGGGUCAGUGCAUUUUCACUGGAACCGCCGCCAACAUUGUGCCAUUCCUGCGCGAGGUGGACAUUAUCUGUCCGGAGCACUACAGUCCGUCGGAUUUCCUUCUGGAAAUUGCCACCCACGACUACGGCCCCCAAAGUGAACACCUAGUAGCAAAAACAGAAAACGGUCGCAGCACGUCCUACCGGAACCGGGAAGCGUUCACCCCGUUCCUACUCCCGAUCAUGGAGUCCCCAAUUUCACCCGAUCUCCCAUCGCCACCACCCGCCCAAACCAAGGACGCCAACGGAGGAGGUCUGCUGACGACCACCUCCUCCUCCCCGCUGGACAAACCAAAGAAGCUCGCCAAAAAGCUGUCCUUUAAUCCGGAAAAGUGGUGCGGCCGGGACGAGAUCUACACGACCAGUUUCUGUCGGCAGUUUUAUCUGCUGCUGCUGAGGACGUUCCUGAUUCUGAGCAGGGAUCGGUCGCUGAUGACGAUGAGGUUUAUCAUCCAUUGUACGAUCGCGCCGCUGAUUGGGAUGUUGUACUUUGGGAUUGGCAAUCAGGCGGCGCACAUUUUCAACAACUUUAACUACGUGUUCUUUUCGAUCAUGUUUCUGAUGUUUACGGCGUUCAGCUCGAUGACGAUGGCAUUCCCCCUUGAGCUCCCGAUCAUAACCCGAGAACACUUCAACCGGUGGUACUCACUGCGGGCGUACUACAUCGCCAUGACCGUCGCGGACAUCCCGAUCCAGGCCCUGUGCACCGUGACCUACAUCGUCAUCACGUACUACAUGACGGCCCAACCGCCGGAACCCUACCGAAUGGGCCUCUUCACGCUGAUCUGCCUGAUGGUCGCAUGGGUUGCGCAAGGACUUGGCCUGUUGGUGGCGUCACUGUUUAAUGUUAAGAAUGGCGCCAUCUUUGGACCGUUCUUCAUUUGUCCGUUCCUGAUCUUCUCCGGGUUCUUCAUCCACCUGAACGACGCCCACCCGUGGAUGCAUUGGCUGUUUCACGUGUCCUUCUUGAAGUAUGCCCUGCAGGGAGCUACGGUGGCCAUUUUCGGGUACGAUCGGCCCAAGCUGGACUGCGACGAGACGUACUGCCACUUUGUGCUGCCGAAGAAGUUCCUGCAGGAGAUCGACAUGGUGCGGGCGGAUUUUGUCGAGGCUGUGAUUGCGCUGUUGGUGAUCUUCUUCGUGUUCCGUGUGGCCGCGUUCUACGUGAUGCAGUACCGGUUGAGGAACAAGAAUUAAACGCAUAAUUGAUAUCAAAGUCGAAGUCGGACAUUCCUGGUUUUCCGCAUUGUAAUCGUAAUCAGCAUCGUAUGAGCUGUUCAGAACAGCUGUUAGAUAGGCCCCACUCCUUACCGUUAUCACCUUUAUGCAUGUGAAUAGUCGAUUGUGUUUAGCCUUAGUGACCUAGUGUCGUCUGAAGUAUCAGAGUAUAAUCGUAUCGUAAUCGGAAUGAUAGCCGCGAAUUGUGAUUGAAAUGGUUUUUGUCACUUGAUUAGUAACUCCGAAAUAGAGAAAAAAUAAAGUCAAUCGUUGCGAAGGGAACAAAUUAGAGUACUUGUAAAAUGUGUGAUUUUCUAAUGAAACAAAAUAACGCAAGAGUCAAACAGUUGUUGGAUCGAAUGAAGUAAACUCGAUUCUUAGAACAAUUAUAAAGUACGGUAACUAGUUGUUAAUGCUAUGAUAUAUUGGGAUUCAAAUGAGAUAAACAAGACGAAUAAAUGUGUUCUAUAGUAAAAAU